AUGGCAAGAACAGCUGCUGACGGCAACUUAAAACCAAAUUCAAACCAGAAUGGACUGAAAUGUGAAGAUGUCAAGAAAAAUGGCUAUCACAGGAGUGAGAAAUAUGUUCCAGGGAGUGGAGUCGCCUCCAGGCAGCACAGGCUGGAGUCCUUUGAACAGGCGCCAAUGUACGUGGCUGUGAUGACAUACCUGGGAUUUGGUAUUGUCACCCUGUUUGGCUACCUCAGAGACCUCCUCAGAGCUGUGGGCUUAGAGAAGUGCCAUGUUGCCCAGGAAAGAGUGGAACAGAAGGAUUUCAUACCACUUUAUCAAGAUUUUGAGAACUUCUACACUCGAAACUUGUACAUGAGAGUACGAGACAACUGGAACCGUCCCAUAUGCAGCCUGCCAGGACCUGUCUUUGACCUUAUGGAGAGAGUUUCUGAUGACUACAACUGGACGUUCAGAUUAACCGGGAAGACAAUACACAGUGUCAUCAACAUGGGCUCCUACAACUACCUUGGUUUUGCUGAGAACAACGCUGAUUUCUUGAAAACUGUGGCAGACAAAGUGCACCAGUAUGGGGUGGGGGUUUGCAGCACAAGGCAGGAAAUAGGUAACCUCGACAUCCACGAAGAGCUGGAGCAACUAGUGGCUAAUUUCCUGAGAGUAGAGUCCUCCAUGACUUUUGGGAUGGGUUUUGCCACCAACUCAAUGAACAUUCCAGCACUUGUGGGCAAGGGCUGUUUGAUACUGAGUGAUGAGGUCAAUCACACCUCUCUUAUCUUAGGGGCUAGACUCUCAGGGGCAACCAUCCGGGUGUUCAAACACAACAACAUGCACAGUCUGGAGAAGAUGCUAAGGGAGGCGGUUUGCUCAGGGCAGCCUCGGACCCACAGGCCCUGGAGGAAGAUCCUCAUCAUGGUGGAAGGCAUCUAUAGCAUGGAGGGCUCAGUGGUGCGACUUCCUGAGAUCAUCGCUCUGAAGAAAAAAUAUAAAGCGUAUCUGUACCUCGAUGAGGCCCACAGCAUUGGAGCAGUGGGACCUACAGGGAGGGGCGUGACCGAGCUGUUUGAUGUGAACCCAGCUGAUGUGGAUGUGAUGAUGGGCACCUUCACCAAGAGCUUUGGGGCUGCUGGAGGCUACAUUGCAGGGAAAAAGGAGCUGGUGAACUACCUGCGCAGCCAUUCACAUAGUGGAGUAUACGCCUCGGCCAUGUCUCCUCCUGUCACUGAGCAGAUCAUACGGGCAAUGAAGUGCAUCAUGGGAAUAGACGGGAAUUCGGAAGGUAUUAGACGGAUCCGCCAACUGGCAGAGAACACAAGAUACUUCAGGGCCAGACUGAAGAAGAUGGGCUUCAUCAUCUACGGCCAUGAUGAAUCACCUGUGGUUCCAGUCCUACUCUACAUGCCAGGCAAAGUGGUGGCUUUCUCACGAGAAAUGCUGCAGAGGAAAAUUGGUGUAGUGGUAGUCGGCUUUCCAGCCACGCCGAUUACAGAAGCCCGAGCUCGUUUCUGUGUGUCUGCAGCACACACCAGAGCCAUGCUGGACCAGGUGCUUCACCAUAUGAACGAGGUGGGAGACACUCUCUGUCUGAAGUUCUCACGACAGAAAUAUUCCCCCUGUACUGACCUCUAUGGCGAGACAGACUUUGAGCUGGACAGCUGAUAUGACCCUUGACACCUUCACUUCACAGUGUCAAAACUAAGUCUAAGUGUCCACGCCACAGCAGACCCAUAAACACACAAUGUUGAGUAACACCCAUGUCUCGCAGCAGAAGAAGGGCCAA